CGCAUCGUUGUUUUCCCCCGAUUUGGUUGUUGUUGCUGCUUCUUGUGUUACAGUGUGGCCGAGAUCUCAUCUCAUACGCAGCGUGGCGCCGAUCCUGUAUAUCGCUCAUACGCCGCGUGACCCAAUAGUGAUCUCGCCGCGGCUAGGCGGAAGCGAAAUUGUUUUCUGAUUGAAACGGCGUAUGCGUAUGCGUGUUGUUGAAAGCAAAUCGUGAAGUGAAAGCCAAAGCCAAAGCAAAAGGCAUAAGGGAAGAACAAGCGGAAAAGAGCUAAACGUCCAUUCAAUACUUGUUGCUGGGAAUCGAAUUAUUGCCCAGUGUGGAUGGAAUGAGCAAACAAAUGUCAGCUGCCAAUGCCCUGAAGGUGUAAAAAAAAUGUGAAAAAAAUAAAGAAGAGCGAAACAAAGCGAAAGGAAAAACGGUAUGCAAAAUGAAGUGUCAACGAUUUGAGAUGAAAUUAUUAUCAAUUGCUGGCCCGUCGCCGUCUGCCCAAAUGUGAUUUAUUCCUCCGAUACAUGAGUAUCCGUGUGUGUGCCGCCAGUGGCAGUGUUUGUUCUAGUGUUUGUAGUGUGCGUGUCGACAACAAAGGGAAAUAAUGUCAUGCAUUGGCUCGACGGCAUUUCUUUGGAUGACAAUUUAAUUAGCGGACGCGCCAGCGGCAGCAACGGCGAAAACAGCGACAGCAAUCAGCGGAAAUCAACGCCGUCGAGCUCAUCGCCCACCAAAGCAAAACGAAGACGUCAUGCACACUUUAAGCUAAACACCAGAUUGGACAGAAAGUCAUCGCGGGGCAUGAUAUACGAGAAUGAGGAGCUCAGGUUGCGCACCAUCAACAUAAAUGCCGAAGUUGAACGAGGGCAAUCGGACAUCAAGCGCCUCCGGCGUGAGAAUGAGCAAUUGCGUCGCGAGAUCUGGACACUGCGGGACGAGUGUGAUAGGCUGAACAAACGCUUCAAGGCGAAGCUCAAUGAACAUGAAUUUGGUGGCUGUCGGGGCAGUGGAGGGAGUGGCGGCACCUGCCACGCGUACAGGUGUAGUGGCGGAGGCGGACGAGGCAGCGGUGGUUGUGAUGCAAACAGUGAUGACUCUGACUCUUGUGAUACCUGUCGCGGGGCAGACGAUGGUCAUUGCAGCGACGAUUGCUGCCAGGAGGGUGGUUCCUGUGCCCCUCUCAAGCCGCCACUGCCGCCAGAGGUGCCCGCAACGUCAUCAUCAUCAAAGAAUGAGGAUUCCUCGCUCAAGGCAGAGCAGCAGCAGCAGCAGCCCAUGCACUUCGAUCACCUGUCGGUGGUGUCUGAGGAGACGCUGAGCAAUCCAGAGAUGCUGCAACAGUUCCAACAGCAAGAACAUCGAAUGCUUUGCACACCGGAUUUGAAUGGAUCGCAGAGCACGCUGCCCAGUUUAAUGGGACCACUGACACCCCUGACGCCCAUUGAGAUGGUGGCUAAUCAGAUGAAUGACCUGCACGCCUCAGUGCCACCAUUGUCGUACUUUGAGAACAUACUGUCGCAGCACAUGGGAAAUCCCAAUUCAGCCCUGACACCCACGCCGGAGCUGGGGAGCAGUUCGAGCACCACCACUGGCAAGACCAUGCGCCACACCAAUGGCUGGGACUACAAUCUCCAGUCGCCCUUCACACACCGAAAAUAUUCCAAUCAUACAUCGCCUUCCCGCUCGCCACCGCCACCGGCUAUGAUGACAACCUUUGUGCCAACAUCCACACAGCAGACGAUGCCAAAAAUCGCUCUGAAUGCUCCACAUCUGCCAGAGAGCCAGGGGGACAUCGAGACGGUGGCCAUCACUACGAAUGCAACGCAACAAGCGCUCAACAGUCCGAAGCAUUUCUUUGCCCCGCUCAAGCCGCGUCUCAGGCUCAACACGAAGCUCGCGAACCAGGGUCAGUGCCAGGGGCAGUUGCCAGAUUCCCUGCCGCCAGGAUCGCCGCCACCGCCGCUACGUGAUCCUCCGGAUAUAUUCGUGAACAAUGCUCUGGCUUCGCCGUACCAGAGACGAGUCUCACCACAAGUAAGUCCGCGUCGCCAUCGCGCCCACUCGCAUUGCCAUGCCCACCAGCAUCCGCGCCAGCACCCAAGCCAGCGGCACGACCAGGACCACGACCACAACCAGGAGCAGGAGGGCGUGCCACAGCAUCCCCAUCACUGUGCCCUGCACCGAGCCGUGGUCGAUGUGGCCGCUGCCGUUGGCUUGGGCUUUGGCCCCGCUGCCAAUGCCAGUCCCAGAGACAAGGCUCGGCCGCAUCCGGGCUCCAGCGUGCUGGACAUCUACACGGCUGCCCUUGCAAAUGCAGCGGUAGCCCGUUGCUCGCCACUACCUAUGCCCAACUCUGCUGCGGAGCCCAUCUAUGCGACCGCACAAAAGCCCUGCCAGAGCACCUGCAUCUCGGCCACAGCCCUGACCAAACCCGUGAUGACCAUCACCACGAACACAACCAAGACCACAACUUCCCCUAUGAGAUUGCCAGCGAAAGUAUCGAAGGUCCAAGCGAAACUGGAGACCGUUAGUCAGACGGAUUCGGUAAACCUGGAAUCAAUACUAAACGACAUUGAGACUAUUUCGGAGGACAUCUUAGCCAUUCAGCUAGAAAAAAGCAAGUCGCGGGACAACCUGAGUCAUCGCCAGGACAACGACAAGGCGAAGAAGCCCUAUCGCUCCGAGAUGAAUCUGUAUCUGCAGUACGACGGCACAAAUCCAACCAUUUCUCCUGCCACAGCCACCGCCACCACGGAGAGCCAAUCGGGAGGUGCGGGACUGACCACGACGACAACCUCCAGUGGGGAUUCGGGGAACAGUGGGAACAGCAAGCUGAUGCGACGCACUCGCUCCCUGGAGAGGGAGCACACCGACAGCCCUGCCCCUCACAUACCCGAUCCGAUGGCACCGUUUCCCGACAAAUGCACAUAUCUGGGAUUCGAGCAGAUCAAUCAGGCGGCAGCUGGACCGCAACAAUCCCCGAAUGGACAGCGUCCGCCCAUCAGUGCCAAGCCGAGUAUAGCGGCCAAGCCGCCGCCUCCAUUGCCGCCGGCACGAAGGCCACAGAUGCCCACAGAGCCGCCGCCUCCGCCACCGACAUCUGUCAGUGGCAUGUCGCCGAACAAGAGUCAUCUGUACAAGACUCUGGCCACGGCAGCGGCCAAGCGGGCCAUUUUUCGAUCGUCUCCUUCACAAUUAACGCGCUCGCUGGAUGUGGAUCUGCCAGGAACUGAGGCGGAGACAGCGGCAGAGCAGGCGGCACAGACAGAGGCUGAUGAGCUGGCGCGGAGGAAGGCACGUCGCGUCUCCAUAUUGUGCGGCUCUGGACAAGCGCCCGAGGAUGCUGUCGCACCAGUAACCACAGCACCCAUGGCCACUGCCAGUUGUGUGGACCUGCCCACCGCAGUGCUCACACAUCCCAGCAUUAAGGCCUUCAAGAUUAGUCACAGCACACCGUCCUCGCCACAUUCCUCUCGCCGGCGCACCAACAGCAAUACAAUGACAGUGCCAGGCCAUCCAGAGGUGACGGCCACUACCUCGGCGCCGCCCAGCACCAGUCACCAUCAUCACCAUCGCAAGGAGGGCAGCGAUCCGGCGCCAAUGACGACAGCGACUGUCAGUCGGACGAAAUGCUCGCGUCGUCACUCGGAGGGCACUGUCCAUACGGUGCAUAGAAAUAGUGGUGCCAGCGGAGGAGGAGCAGGAGGGGGAGGACACCAUCAUCAUCACAACCACCAUCAUCCGCAUAGCGGCAUGGCGAUUAGCAACAAUCCGCACCACAGCCACCAUUCCCACCAGGAUAGCAACCACGAGACGGCCACCUCGUUAUCCGAUCGAAACUCGAACAGUUUUGCCUCCUCGCGAGAGUCCUCCACGAGUUUCAGCAUGCGCUCCACUCGCAGGAAGAUCUCGAUAAGCUCUCACACGGGUGGCAAGAUACCCUGGUGUGGCUGCUGGGGCAACGGUUGCCUCUAGAUGGCAAGGAGGGGAGGAGUGGUUUCAGCUGCCGUCCACGAAUGUACAUUUAUAGAUCUUCAUAAAGCCAAGCGCAUAUCCGUGUUUCUAUAUGUUUUUAGAUAGGUUAGAAUAUAGAAAAUCAAACUCUGCUUUUAGACAACUUUCCGUUCGGUGCAGUACAAAAUGUCAGCAGUUCGAAAACAGUUUUCAUUCAAGAAAAUGUAAAAAGUUCAAGAAACCGAAAUUUUUUGUACAUACUUAUAUUUUGUUAGAAUCGAUUUAGUUGUAGUAUUUAACAUUCAUGUAAAUUCUAUAAAUGUAUAAAGGAAAGCAGUUAAUAAUUGUUGCUCAAUUUGGAGAGAAUACAAAUCAGAAAUA